AUGCAGGAUAUAGGGUUAAUCAACAGAGAGACAUCAAAGACAUUUGGUGGAUAUUUCUUUGGUAUGUGUACUCUUAGCAUAAUAUACACAUUAGUGUCUGUUAUUACACUUAGACAAAAUUACUACAGUACAAAUAGCUAUGGUCACCAAGAUGAACUAUUUACAAUUAUAUUCGAAACAAUCUCAAAUAUUAUCUUUAAGUCUUUUGUUGACCUACAAGCCAUAAUAUACUUUAUUGUCACUGGAUCUAUCUCUUUCUUCUAUGUAUACAUUGGUAUGCAAUGUGCCCGUCUAAUUAGAUAUGCCAUUGUAGAAGCAUUUACAAUCCCAAAUAUAAAUAUAAUCCUGUACUUUUUGUAUAUUAUAUCAAAUAUUCUUAGGAUAGCCAUUAAUAUCAAAUGGGCUACAAGUACAAAAUACUAUUUCUAUCAAAGAAUGUGCAGUGUCUCAAAUAAUAAUAUUUCAUCUGGUGUGACGUACUAUUCUGUCUAUUUUAUGCUAGAAGGGUGUGCCCUACUAAUUACAAAUAGAUGUAUAUUCAAUUCAUUCUUGUACAUAUAUACAUAUAAGUAUACGUCUGAUACGGAUAUCAUAAAUAAUUUGUGGGUUGGGAUUACUUCAUGUUUCUGUUGGUAUUUCUUAUGGAUCACAAAGCAAAAUAACCAGAAGAAGUGGUACAUGAGGAUAUUCUUUCUAGUUAAUAUUGCACGGUUUGUCUUUAUAUAUUUGACAUCUGGUGAAAGAAGGUAUAUUCUUAAUACUUAUUACAGGGAUAUGACAGUCUCUGAGAGAAUGUAUUCAAUUGUAAAUUCACGCACUGAGAACAAAGUGAAUAAUAGACGGUUAGGCUUGAAUAUAGUAGAUAAUUUGGAGAACUUUUUUGUUGACCUUAUAUUCAAUAUAUAUUUUGUAUGGUAUAGCAUCCUACUGUACAAGCACCCACAGAGUGACUGUUUGUUCCGGGUGAAGGCCAGGUCAUCCAUCUCUAAUUACAGAGAAUCAGAUGACCAGGAGGUGUAA